UGCAUUUCAUGCCUCGAAUUCACUACUCGUUUAUCGUCAGGAAAGCUGCUGUUGUUACCGAAGUGUAAAAUGUAUUAGCACCACUUUGCGUGGCCUUUUCCAGAAAGUACUUUCUUAAUAGGGAAUAUCUUGAAGCGUUUUUAGGUAACGGAGCUCUAGAUUCACCGAAAAUGGACGAAGGCGAUGAGCGCGCCAUCCAGGAGUUCAACGAGCUCCAGGAUAAGGUCAUCAUGCAGGCAGAAAUGUUUCAAAGGACUCAGCAGCAAGAACGAAUGCUUGGCAUUCAGCGACAGCGUUGCGUGCUCACCAAGCAAGAACUGCAAAGCAUGCCAGACAGCACAACCAUGUAUAAAAGCAUUGGCAGAGCGUACUUUUGCAGCCCCAAGGGGGAGGUGCUCAAGGAGCUGGAUGAGAAGGCGGCCUCGAUAGAGGCCGACGCCAAGUCUCUACGUGAGCAGCGCGACGCGAUCGAGAAGAAGAUGAAGGACACGGAGGUGCAGCUGCGGGAGCUGAUCGGCCAAUCACCAGCACUGGUCAGGCGCCUGGGGGCAGUAAAGAUUUAAUAGUUUCUACUUGUGCUCAGCGCAGACGGCAGGACGAGCGAAACUCUUUGCUCCUGGGCUCCCUGCGUUUUUGCCACUUGGCUGGGAGCUGGCAGCCGAUCGGUUAGGGUUGCUCUGUGCUGAGGCCUACAGGCAGGAGGCUGCAUAAACCGAUAGCUGCGGUUGCCGGCCAUAGCGGUGAACGGCAAUCUUUACAGUAGCGGCAGACAGGAGGAUAGCCUAUGGACAGCUAUUGAACACGUGUUACAGUUGCCAUAGCGCGUCUAUCGUGCUGUGGCGGAAAUGGCGAAGAAUUGUUCGAGGAAGUGUUCCGAGUCGUCGUACCAUCCGGUUGAGACUUUCCGCGUUGUGACUGUAAAUUGUAAGCAGCGGUGGUGGUUUGGAUGGCAUUCAAUUAUGGUUAGGCAUGCUAGGGACCGGUAUAAACUUGUGUGCUUCGGCCGACCCCCUGUCCGGCCGACCCAUCUUUCGAACGGCUAGUAUAGCGACUAUGAUCUUUAUUAUGCGGAACUGGAUACCCCGUCACUUGAUGACCAUAAAUAACAAACGUUGCUGAGAGCGCACACAGCACAGGACGAACAUUUGUAAUGUAAUGUAAUGUAAUGUUACAGAGUGGGAG